AUGGCCAAAUCAGAGCGUGAUGCCGCGGUUCAAGAGCUAGUGGCUAAGGAAGUGCAGGCUGCCCUGCAGAAAGCAGCUGCACAGCAGGGAAUAGCCGUAGCUCCGGGAAGCGUAGUGGGAUCCACUUCCCAUGUGAGAGCGUCGCUGCCGGACACGUUUGUUCCAGGGAAAGGACAACCGGUGGUUCGACGAUGGCUCUUUCUAGUGGAAGAAUAUCUACGCUUGAGCCAUGUGGCUGGUGAUGAGUGGGCGCCGUUCGCCGGAACCCUACUCAGAGGCUCUGCGGUGGCAUGGUGGCAGUCGGUGCGACCCGCUAUCCAAAUCUGGCAGCAAUUCAAGGAAGCUCUCGUUGCUUCUUAUGAACCUAUCAACGCAAUGGCAAAGGCGCGAGAUCGACUUGCAAAUCUGCGGCAGCGUACUUCGGUAGCAGAUUACAUCGCUGAUUUUCGUGACAUCUCCACCGAGAUCUCAGACCUUUCAACGGCUGAGGCGCUGGACAAGUUCAAGCGUGGCUUGAAGGACGACGUUAGGAUGGAAGUGGAGGUGCAGGGCUGCAGUACGCUGGAGGAGAUGGCACGUGUCGCUGAACGCUAUGAUGAGAUCCACUUCGGCAGCCGUCGCAGCCGUUUCAACCGUGGGAUGCGGUUCAGUCCGAACAUGUUCCAGCCUAUCCAGGGGGAGCAGCGUGGUGGAGCAGGACCGACGCCGAUGGAACUGGAUACGAUCGACAGGAACAAGGAGAAGCGGAAGGGCUUUGCUGGAAAUUGCUUCAAGUGUGGGAAGCGCGGUCACAAAGCUCUCAACUGCCCUACCAAGUCCAGGCAGCCGGGAAACAAGCUUCACCAGUAG